GGGGAAAGGGAGGGAGGAGACCCAACCAAGACAUUUCAGUGCUGCAUGCAUAGCGAAGACGUGUCGAGCUGAUCCAAAAACUUAUUUGAAGAAGACUUUUUUUUUUCUCAAAAAUUCUAUCCUAAGUAAAACCUGUUUCUGGGGUGAAACAUUGAGUUAAAUAUUAACAAGUAAAACAGAGCAUUGUUACGUUUUUAUAUUUGUGGUUUCUUUUUUUACAGCAGCAUAACAGGUGGCAGACCUACGCUACCACCCUGUGUAAAGACAGGGAAAAGGAGAAUAGCCUGUACAGCCAAAGGAAACAUAAAUACAUAGUCCAAAACAGACCCUUAAAUUGUCAGUGAAGCAAAUCAUUCCAAAGUCCCACAGAUUCAACAAUAUGUCUCGCUGGGGGCGGAAAAACGUCAAGAAGACCCCUGAAGUGAUCAGAACAGUCACAGAGGGGCUGAAAUCACUGUAUCGUAAGAAGCUUUUGCCUAUUGAGGAGUACUAUGGUUUUCAUGAUUUCCACUCUCCAAGUUUGGAGGAUGCUGACUUUGACAACAAACCCAUGGUGCUAGUGGUUGGUCAGUACUCCACAGGAAAGACUACUUUCAUCAAGUACCUUCUGGAACAAGAAGUGCCCGGAAGCCGUGUGGGUCCAGAGCCUACUACAGAUUGCUUUACUGCUAUCAUGCAUGGUGACAUGGAGGGAAUAAUCCCUGGAAAUGCUCUCAUAGUGGAUCCCAACAAGCCCUUCCGCAAACUCAACCCCUUUGGAAACACUUUCCUAAACAGAUUCCAGUGUGCGCAGCUGCCCAACCAGGUUCUGGAGAGCAUCAGUAUCAUUGACACCCCUGGCAUCCUGUCGGGAGCGAAACAAAGAGUGAGCCGAGGCUAUGACUUCCCAGCUGUCUUGCGCUGGUUUGCUGAACGAGUGGACCGAAUUAUUCUCCUUUUUGAUGCCCACAAGCUGGAGAUUUCUGAUGAGUUUUCAGAGGCCAUAAGUGCUUUGAAGGGCAAUGAGGACAAACUGCGUGUGGUGCUUAACAAGGCUGAUAUGGUUGGGACACAGCAGCUAAUGCGAGUAUAUGGUGCUCUAAUGUGGUCUCUGGGGAAAGUGUUUGGAACCCCUGAAGUGCUGAGAGUAUAUAUCGGCUCAUUCUGGUCUGAACCUCUCAUGGUGCCAGACAACCGGAAGCUGUUUGAAUUGGAAGAGGAAGAUCUUUUUGCUGACAUUCAGAACCUGCCACGAAAUGCAGCCCUCCGCAAGCUCAAUGAUCUGGUCAAGAGAGCCCGUCUAGUCAGGGUUCAUGCUCACAUAAUCAGUUACCUGAAGCAAGAGAUGCCUUCUGUCUUCAGGAAGGACAAUAAGAAAAAGAAUUUGAUCUACCAGUUGCCAGUCAUCUUCUCCAAGAUCCAGUUACAACAUCACAUUUCCCCUGGAGAUUUUCCUGACUGUGCCAAGAUGCAGGAACUCCUUGCAGGUCAUGACUUCACCAAGUUUAAGGCCCUUAAACCCAAUAUGAUGGCUAUGUUGGAUGAACUGUUGUCCACUGACAUCGCCAAGCUGAUGCCUCUCCUCAGGCAGGAGGAGCUGGAAGGAGGAAGUCAACCUGGAGUCCAAGGAGGGGCUUUUUUGGGGACCCGAGCAGGACCAUUUGUGGAGGGUGACCCUUUCGGUGAGAGAGGUGAGGAUGACGGUGAGGAUGAAGAGGUGGAAGAAGACUGGAUUGUGACGAAAGAUAAGCCCAAGUAUGAUGAGAUCUUUUACAAUCUUGCACCCAAUGAGGGAAAGCUGAGUGGUACCAAAGCCAAAGACUGGAUGGUGAGCACACGGCUGCCCAACUCUGUCCUGGGUCGCAUAUGGAAGUUGUCAGAUGUGGAUCGUGAUGGCAUGCUGGAUGAUGAGGAAUUUGCCCUGGCUAGCCACUUGAUUGAGGUGAAACUUGAAGGGCAUGGCCUGCCGCCUGAAUUACCUGCUCGUCUGGUGCCCCCUUCUAAACGCAGACAAAAAGGAUCUGAUGCCUAGACUACACAAGCUGCCAACUGUGUCUACUAUAGUUUUCUUGUCAGAAUGCAUAUUUAAGACAAUUAUUGGCAUGCAUCAUAAAAGUGAGCAAACAACUAUAUAUAAAACAAACAUUAUACACAAAAUUUCAAAAUUUCCACUCAAACCAUAGAAGAAUCUAUUAUUUCUUCUAACAAAAAUAAUUCUCAUUUUCACUAAAUAUUAUUUUCUCAAAAAAAAAAAAAUAUAUAUAUAUAUAUAUUCUAAUGGCUAUUUUUAAUAUUUGAAGCUCUUUGAAGGUGGCACGGUGGUGUAGUGGUUAGCAUGGUUGCCUCACAGCAAGAAGGUUCUGAGUUUGAGCCCAGUGGCCUUUCUGUGUGGAGUUUGCAUGUUCUUCCCGUGUCUGCGUGGGUUUCCUCUGGGUGCUCCGGUUUUCCCCACAGUCCAAAGACAUGCAGGUUAGGCUUAUUGGUAGCUCUAAAUUGACCGCAGGUGUGAAUGUGAGUGUGACUGGUUGUUUGUCUCUUUGUAUCAGCCCUGUGAUGACCUGACGACUUGUCCAGGGUGUACCCCACCUCUCGCCCAUAGUCAGCUGGGAUAGGCUCCAGCUUGCCUGCAACCCUGCACAGGAUAAGCAGUCACAGAUAAUGGAUGGACGGAUGGAUGGAUGGAUGGAAGCUCUUUGAAGUAUUGCAAGAAAGAAACCUGUCCUGAGAUCAUCUCACAAAAUACUGCACCUGAUCUUCACCAAGUGACAUUAGAAAUUUUUGGUCACAAGGUUGUCUCCAACCUUUAUGGAUGUUAGUCAAUCCAGCACAGUGUUUGUUUGUGUGUAUAUAUAUAUAUAUAUAUAUAUAUAUAUAUAUAUAUAUUUUUUUUUUUUUUACAGUGGUGCUUGAAA